GGAAUCCAGGAAAUGAGCGACGACCGCACGGUGUGACAGUUCGCCGGUCAAUUCAUCGCUAGUGUUCGUUUCAUGCCGGUAUUUCCGCGCGGUUUCAAAAAGAGAUCGACGAAGGAAAGCGGGUGCUCUCUGGUGAUUGUUUGUUUGUUUCUUCGUCUUUGGUUUGGCCCGAGUCCAUUGUUCGCGAAUCGCAACCGGCGGUGGCCCUCCCGUGGUGCGGAAUUGAAGCCAGGAUGAACAUCGACGAUCUCAUCACGGGUGGCAGGAGCGGAGCCGCCGGGGGCAGAGCGAGCAAGAGAAGGGCAGCUGCGACGAAACGGAAACGCGGAAGCGCCGACAGCAGCAACAUCAGCAGCAGCAACAACAACAACAACAACAACAACAGCAGCAGCAACAACAACAACAUCAACAGCAACAACAGCAACAGCAGCAGCAGCCAGAACGACGACGACCUGCUGGCAAUGGCACUCGGGUCCUCCGGGGUGAGAGGCGCGGACGCGGGUGCCUACGAAGAAUCGGUCCUCCGCGACGCCGAGCUCUCGUCGACCCCCCGUCUGAUGGCCGCCGGGGGGGACCCGCCCGGGACCCUGCUGGGGUUCCCCCCCCUCGAUGCCAUGGUUCCCUCCCGGAGCAUCCGGGCCGACCUGGCCCACGUCCAAACGGUGCUCCAGAACCUCAGAGCCAGCGCCAACACCAGCGCGAAYGCGAACGCCAAACCCGGCGCGGCACGUCCGGUGCACGGAACGAUCGACCGCAAGCGCUGCCUCAAGGAACAGAUGCUCCUGGCCCUGCUGCAGUCGGCCUCGGGGGACCCAGAGAUGGGGGUCUUUCCCCAGCAGGAGGCCAGGCAGGAGUGGAAGCGGCAGAAAUGGUACCGGGACGGCGGCAGCGACGAGGCCGUGGAAGCCGGCGGGGGCGGUGCCCUUCUGGAUCCUUCCGCCCACCAGGUGCCGCGUUCCGGGCGCAAGAAGGAACAAGCCGGAAGCACCAAUCGGCCGAAGGGGACCGGGAACAGCCCCGGGGGGGACGGCGGUCACGGAAUCGACGAUUCCACCCCCGAGGGCCGACUCGAGGGGAUCAAAAAGGGCGUACAGCAGACGAAAAAGAAGUCGGUUCGCUUUGCCGUCGGCGUCAAAGAGGGUUCCAGCGGCGGCAGGCCCAAAUCCCUGCUCUCCAAAAAGGUGGUCCGGAUCAAGCCGAAAGCCGGCCGCCGCCGGAUAUCCAUGCAGGAACGGCGGAGGAGGCAGGCCGAAGGACACGACGGUUCCACCGGGGGAAACGACAAGGAAGCAGAACUCRGWGGCGGCGGCGACGAAGAAGACGAAGCCGAUCUGAGAGAGCGCAUCGUGGCCCAGCUCAAGCAGAUGAGGGUCGAGCGAGAGGCACGCAGAAAACAGCGGAAGCGGGCCUGGCGAGAAAGCCGAGACGAGGCAAGCGACGACGAUGCCUUCGACGACGACGACGACGACGACGGCGGCGAGGUGGAAUUCGAAUUUCCAGAAGACAACAACAACAGCAGCAGCAGCAGCAACGACAAAGACAGCGACGCGAAUCCACGAUCGGCCGACACCGGAGAGUCCGCGCCCGAAGGGUCCGGGCCGGCCCMGGCGUCCGCACCGCCGGAAGCGGUCCAAGCGGGAGGCGGCACCGGAGGGGGGUCCGUGGUGUGCCCGCUUUGCAGCGAGGAGAUCCCCGUGCCGGCUUGCAACGGAGCGGCCUCCGAAGCCGAACGGAAGGGACGCGCGGAUGCCGUCCUGGCCGAGCACAUGAACUCGUGCCAAACCAAGCCCCGGACGCGCACUAGGGGCCGGCGGCGGCCUGCCCUGCCGAUGCACCUAGGACGGAACUCAACAACAGCGGCUCCACCACAGCCGCGGCCCCGACCUAGCUAUGCCGAAAUCGAUACUAGUGACGACGACGACGACGACAACAACGACGACAACAACGACGACUAUUUUGACGAGGACAUCAGCAACAACAGCAGCAGCAACAGCAACAACUACAACGAUGAUCACAAAGGCGAUCACGACUUGUUGGACGAGGACAUUGUCAUCGACCACGACGACAAGGAAAUCGCGUCGGACAAGCGAUCCACCAAAGUGACGCCAAAGAGACGAAAGCCGCGGAAACGAUCGGCCAACAGAAACGCCCGAGCGGCAGGCCACAGCCGCACCUCGGUCCAGGCACCCCUGGACGACUGGUACACGGACGACUACGAGGACCGGGUCGACGACUGGAUCGAGCACGGGCUGGAGAAGAUGCCGAUGAUGACGGAGCGCGACGCCACGGAGGUCCCGCCGGGGGAAGAAGAAUACGACGGGGGAUUGAUCGUCCCCGCCUGGACGAACGAUCGGUUGUUUCCCUACCAGCGGACGGGCCUCAAGUGGAUGUGGGAGCUCCAUCGCCAGCAGAGUGGGGGCAUCCUCGGCGACGAAAUGGUACGCCAUGCUGCCCUUAUUUGUGCUGUGCUGUGCUGUGCUGUGCUGUGCUGUGCUGUGCUGCAUUGCAUACGCCGUUGUUUGUGGUUGCAAAAUCUGCGCAACCACUUCUAACCAUUGUUUGUUUAUUGUAAAUGCCGACACUGAUGGGAUUUGAUUCGCACCUCUUGGGCUUCAUUCUAGGGUUUGGGGAAGACGAUUCAGGUUGCAUCCUUCCUGGGCUCGAUGGCUGCUAGCCGGAAGCUCAAGGCAAUUCUUAUCAUUAGUCCCGCGACCAUGCUUCAACACUGGCUGAAGGAAAUGGCGAAAUGGGCACCCGGGGUGCGGCGCAUGCUGGUUCACCAAUCGGGGGACACACCGAUGCCAUCGUCGCAGCACCAGAGCCUCUUGUACAACACGGGGCAGCGAAAARUAACGGCGCAGCGAUUGGCGGACKCGGCACGGUGGCUGAAGCGAUCGAGGCAGGACCGGCUGUUCGAAAUCAUCGACGAGGCCGACCUGGACACCAGAGAUCCCUCCACGUUUUGCGGGACCGCCUACGCGUUCGUAACGACGUUCGAGAACGUACGGAGAAACGAGGAGAUCUGGACCAACCACCAGUGGAGUUACGUGGUCAUCGACGAGGCACAAAAAAUCAGAAACCCAACGGCGGACAUCACUUUGGUUUGCAAGGUACGUACURCUAAGCGCAAGUAAAGAGCAGAGGCGCAGCAGAGCGAACCAUGCGCUGUAUUUUCCAUUCUUUGCCUCACCACUUGUUGAGUGUUUCACACCUGGCGUUGGGAUCCAUCAGAGACUCAAAACUCCACAUCGUCUCGCUUUGAGUGGAACACCGAUUCAAAACGACCUAAGAGAACUGUACGUGCUUGCGAAGAAACCUCUAGGGACCCUUCACUUCUUCGACGCGCUGUGUCUAAUUCGUCGUGCAURCCUUUUCAAAUUUGCAGGUGGUCCAUUUUUGAUUUCGUUUUCCCCGGUCGUUUGGGAACUCUUCCCGCUUUUGAGACAGAAUUCGGAACUCCAAUCAAACGGGGAGGAUAUAGCAACGCCUCCCCUAUGCAGGUCCAGCUUGCCUAUCGGUGUGCCCUCAUUCUAAAGGACCUCAUCAACCCGUACUUACUACGGAGGCUAAAAAAAGACAUCAAAGAAGUCCAACGAAUGCCGGGAAAAAAGGAGCAGGUGUUGUUUUGUCGCUUGAGUGACUACCAGCGCAUGUUGUACGAAGAUUUCCUUCGCUCGGAUUAUGUCAAAAAGGUGUUUCGGGGCACCGCACAACUCUUGGGAGCGAUAACGGUGAUGAGAAAAAUUUGCAAUCAUCCCGACCUCCUCAAAGAUCCCGACGAUGAUUCUUUGGUGGAGCCGUUGUAUGAAGGCAGGGCACCAAACGAGCUCAAGUCCAAUAACAAUAGUGGCAGCGACAAUGAUGGAGAGGCAGACGCGAUUUCAGGUAGGUAUCAAACAAUGAUUCAGAGAUCUGGGAAAUUAGAGAUAUUGGCAAAAAUUUUGCCUCUUUGGAAAAAGCAGGGGCAUCGGGUGCUUAUCUUUUGUCAAUGGAGAAAAAUGCUUGAUAUCAUAAUGGAGUUCGUGGCGGUAAAAGGAUGGAAAUUCGGUAGAUUGGACGGGAACACAAACGUUGCCUCGCGGCAACGGCUUGUCGACACUUUCAACUCGGACGAUUCGUACUUUGGUAUGCUGUGUACCACCAGAACAGGCGGAGUAGGUCUGAAUCUGGUUGGAGCGGAUCGCAUCAUUCUAUAUGAGUAAGUAUUUGUUUUCAUCUCAGUGUCCCUUCUCGCACAUUUAUGGUUGCCAACGAUUUUUGUUUGCAUGCUGGCUUAGCCCCGACUGGAACCCACAGACGGAUGCCCAGGCUAGGGAACGAGCAUGGAGAUUUGGGCAAAAGCGAGAAGUGACGGUGUAUCGUAUGAUUUGUGCAGGUAAGGUUCAUUCUCUGUGCUGCGGUCAAACAACUGACCGGGAAAAACAAAUACUCAUGUAUUCAUAACAAUCUUGUGUGUGCAUUUGUCUUCCCUUGCAUCCCCAUCACUGACUCCGUCUUUCAAUGUUACAGGCACGAUCGAGGAAAAGAUUUAUCAACGGCAGAUUUUCAAAACAGCCCUGUCGAAUAGUGUCCUUCAAAACUCAAAGCAACGUCGACUUUUCACGAACAAGGAUUUAAAAGAUCUAUUCAGUCUGAAAGCAGACAAUGGAAGCAUUGUUGCAGGCAAUGAUGGAGUGACAGAGACUUCAGAAUUGACAAGAGGAGAUGGUUACAUCGACCCUGAUGACGAAAAUGUUGUUGCAGAUAAUCAUCAUGAUGACGGAGAAACCAUGAGAACUGUUUUGAAAAGUCAAGGCUUAGCUGGAAUUUUCGACCAUGAUGUCGUCGAAGGAAAAUCUAAAGAUAAGAGGGCAUCUGUGAGGGAGAUGGAAGCGAAAGCGAAAAAGAUAGCAAGAGAAGCACUACAGAAUCUUCGGCAGAGCGUCAAUGAGGAAAGCAAUCCUUUCGGUCGAGAAAGUCGUUUUGGUGCGGGCAACGCAAGUAGCAGUCUACUCUCUUCCAUUGCAAAACGUACCUCCGAAAUAAGCAACGCAGGAACAUUGCGUACUGCUAUCGAGUCAAACCAGAAAGUCCAGCUGUUAAAAGACCUUCAGACUUUUGUGCGCUUAAACGUGCCGACAACCAGCGAAAUUUUAGUAAGUAACAUUUUGCAUGCGUUUUGAAUGGGGAAUUGCAGUUUCUUCCGAAUCAAAUUCCUCAUACUCAACCCUCGCACUCAACGUACUAUUUUUAUCUGGAACAGGAUGAGUUUUCAUCUCAGGUAUCAACACAUGAUGCGGCUGCAAUAUUUCGAAGGCUAUUGAAGUCAAUCGCCACGCUUAACGAUGGCAAAUGGUCAUUGAAGUGAUUUCAGGUUGGAGCGUUGAGAGAUUUAUUUUAAAGGCUUUGACAAUGCACUAGUAGACGCAGAGGACCAGCAUUACCUUUACAGAUACUGUAGAUGUUAUUAGAAUUGAAUCGUGCAGCGUUGGGUUCAAGCCUUCUCAAACGCCUAUUCUAUUAUGAAUGAGCCAGCAUUCGUGAUCAACAUCAUAUGUCGUCUCAUCAAGUUUCUCCCCCAUAGUUAUUCAGUAUCGCCCUUCUCUAUUUUAUUCAGCAUAUCCAUCAGUGCCCUCCCCCUUUUUAUAUGGUUUACAAUAGAGAUAUCUAUUUGGG